AUCAUCUGCAAGAGGAGAGCUUGGAAGACCUCUCGUCCUCCGACUUCCCUGAGCGAGCUUGGAUGCUGGAAGAAGCCUCUUGGAUAUGGGAUCAUAUCUGGUUUAUCACAGCCUGGGUUUGAUCCUCUGCUGCUCCGUCCUGAGUUCAGUCUACGCUCUGGUGGAUGCUGAUGAUGUCAUCACCAAAGAGGAGCAGAUUUUCCUCCUGCUGAAAGCCAAGGCCAAGUGUGAACGACACCUGAAAGCCAAGGUGGCCAAGGUGCAUGAUGGCUUUUGUCUUCCUGAGUGGGAUGGUAUUGUCUGCUGGCCUGAGGGUAUGCCAGGCAAAGUGGUGGCUAUGCCAUGUCCUGAGUACAUCUAUGACUUCAACCACAAAGGCCACGCUUAUCGCCGGUGUGACCUGAACGGGAGCUGGGAGCUGGUCCCAGGCAACAACAGGACCUGGGCAAACUACAGUGAAUGUGCCAAGUUCCUCACCAACGAGACAAGGGAGAGGGAGGUCUUUGAUCGCCUCUAUUUGAUUUAUACUGUUGGAUACUCCAUCUCUCUGGGAUCCCUCACAGUUGCUGUCCUUAUCCUGGGAUACUUCAGGCGUUUGCACUGCACUAGAAACUACAUCCACAUGCACCUCUUUGUCUCCUUCAUGCUGAGAGCUGUGAGCAUCUUUGUGAAGGAUGCAGUCUUGUACUCCGGGUCAGCUCUGGAGGAGAUGGAACGGAUCUCAGAAGAAGACUUGAAAUCCAUCACUGAAGCCCCUCCAGCAGAUAAAUCACAGUUUGUGGGCUGUAAAGUAGCUGUUACCUUCUUCCUCUACUUCCUGGCAACCAAUUACUACUGGAUUCUGGUGGAAGGGCUCUAUCUCCACAGCCUCAUCUUCAUGGCAUUUUUCUCAGAGAAGAAAUAUCUUUGGGGAUUCACAUUAUUUGGCUGGGGACUCCCUGCUGUAUUUGUUACAGCGUGGGCCAGCGUGAGAGCCACUCUAGCCGACACAGAGUGUUGGGACUUGAGUGCUGGCAAUUUAAAGUGGAUUAUUCAGGUGCCCAUCCUGGCAGCUAUCGUGGUAAAUUUUAUUCUUUUUAUCAACAUUAUCAGAGUCCUAGCAACCAAGCUACGAGAGACGAACGCAGGGAGGUGUGACUCAAGGCAACAGUACAGGAAGCUGCUGAAAUCUACCCUCGUCCUCAUGCCUCUGUUUGGUGUUCACUAUAUUGUUUUCAUGGCUAUGCCAUACACAGAUGUGUCAGGGAUUCUUUGGCAAGUUCAAAUGCACUAUGAAAUGCUGUUCAACUCUUUCCAGGGAUUUUUUGUUGCCAUCAUAUACUGUUUUUGCAAUGGAGAGGUCCAAGCAGAAAUAAAGAAGUCGUGGAGCAGGUGGACAUUAGCACUUGACUUUAAACGAAAAGCACGAAGUGGGAGCACAACCUACAGUUAUGGACCAAUGGUUUCCCACACCAGCAUCACAAAUGUAGCCACAAGAGGGGCACUUGCCCUCCAUCUCAAUACAAGACUUAUCCCAGGGACCCUCAAUGGACACCGGAAUUUGCCAGGUUAUGUAAAAAAUGGUUCCAUUUCUGAAAACUCCAUGCCUUCUUCUGGACCAGAGCAGUACAACAAAGAUGAGGAAUACCUGAAUGGCUCUGGGCUUUACGAUGGAGACAGACCCACAGUACUUGUUGAAGAAGAAAGAGAGACAGUGAUGUAA